CGGCGGCGGCGGAGGCGGCAGCAGCACGGUCGGCGGCGGUCGGCUGAGCCUGCACCUUCGUCCUUGCGGAGGCGGCGGUGGCGGCGGCAUCGCCGAAAGUGACAGCGUUCCGGAUUACCCGCCGAGCGCUGCGGCAGUGCGGAGCAGGGAGGCGGCGGCGGCGGCGCUGCACGCGGCAAGAACCCUGUUGGGCGCGGGGGUGGCCAACCCUUGCUCGCCCACCCCCGAGCCGCCCUUCUGGAAGAUGCCGCAUAAAGAGGAGGACUUGAUGCACGGGGGUGGCGCGGGUAUUGGCGGGGGUUCUAUGGUCGGACAGAACUCAAUAUUUGGGUGCUCGGCUGCAGGACACAGCGGGGUUAACCAGCUCGGCGGCGUUUACGUCAAUGGCCGACCAUUGCCGGACUCCACGAGGCAGAAGAUCGUCGAGCUAGCCCACAGCGGGGCCAGACCGUGCGACAUAUCGCGCAUAUUGCAGGUCAGCAAUGGCUGCGUCUCCAAAAUCCUCGGCAGGUAUUACGAGACCGGCUCGAUCAAGCCACGGGCGAUCGGCGGCAGCAAGCCACGGGUGGCGACAACCCCUGUGGUGAACAAAAUCGCCGAUUACAAACGGGAAUGCCCGUCGAUCUUCGCCUGGGAAAUUCGUGAUCGGCUCCUGCAGGAGGGCGUUUGCAAUAACGACAAUAUACCCAGCGUGUCGUCCAUUAACAGGGUGCUCAGAAACCUGGCCUCGCAAAAGGAGCAACAGGCGGCCGCGGUGCAGGCGCAUCAGGGCGCCGAGAGUGUCUACGACAAGCUGAGAAUGUUCAACGGCCAGGCGGCGGGCUGGCCGCCAGCGUGGUAUUCGGCGACACCUUCCCAUCACCCGUUGGCCACGGGAAUUCCAACCGCAACUCCCGGAUCGGGCCAGACUCUCUUGCCCGGCAGCCAGCUCCACGGGCGCGACGACUCGUUGCUGAAACGGAGCGACACCGGCUCUCUAUUGUCGCAUCAACAGGAGACAACUUCGGACGGUAAUUCGGAGCACAACUCCUCCGGGGACGAGGACUCGCAGGUGCGGCUGAGGUUGAAGAGGAAAUUGCAGCGCAACCGAACUUCCUUCUCUAACGAACAGAUAGACAGCCUCGAGAAAGAAUUCGAGCGGACACAUUACCCGGACGUGUUUGCACGGGAGCGUCUCGCCGAGAAGAUCGGAUUACCUGAGGCACGUAUCCAGGUGUGGUUCAGUAAUCGCAGGGCGAAGUGGCGUCGAGAGGAGAAAUUACGGAACCAGAGGAGGGCGGCCGUCGAUCAGGUGGUUGCCGGCGGCAGCGGCGGGGGUAGCGGCGCCGCACCCCCCGCGGCCACCCCCGCUACGCCACGGUUGCCCUUAAACGCCGGAUUCAACGCCAUGUACUCGUCGAUACCGCAACCAAUCGCCACCAUGCCCGACACGUACAGCUCGAUGUCAAGCAGCCUGGGCGGGUCAAUGGGCGGAAGCUGUCUUCAGCAACGUGCCGACGGCUACCCGGCGUACGUGUUCCACGAGCCGCUCCACUCGCUCACGCAGUCUUACUCGCACGCGCACAGCGCGGCCGCGCACUCGCAACCUCAUCGCGGCAUCCCGACGUCUCACGGCGGCACCCCCGCGACGCCGGGAGGACAACCCGCCGGCCCCGGUGGAGCACCCUACCAGCCGACGACCUCGACCGCGACCGGAGUGAUAUCGGCUGGCGUCUCGGUGCCGGUGCAGAUCCCGUCGCAGACCCCGGACCUGGCGGGCAACUAUUGGCCGAGGCUCCAGUGAUCCCAGCUCUUCGGGUUCCCGCCCGCGAGCUUGCUCGUAGGCCAGGAGAGCCCGCCGCCGCCGAGCGCCACCCCGGGCGCGGUGCCUCGACCGCUCCUCGCGUCCCUCGGGAUCCCGACGCAGUCGACGCAGCAUCAGGCCCCGAGCACACCGGCGACCACUCCUGUGCACAAUUCCGACACCAGUGAGUGAAUCGACUGAUUUUCUCGUGCGACGUGAUUUUCCGCGCGCUCAGCCUCGCGUCGAGACGGGGCGCGGCGUCGGGCGGCGACGGCGACGAGCCGUAGAGACGCGGAGUUGAGACGCCACUUCGGGACGAUGCCACAGGUCCGCUCCGGCUCGGAGACGUGCUGCGUUCUCGCCGGAACGGUGCGCGGGACGGCCGCCGAGUGACGCCAUGCGACGCAAGUGUUCGAAAAUCUCCCUCCGUUGUCCCUCCGUCGUCUCUCCGCGAGAGCCAAGAGCGGUUUCUUCAGCGCGCCGUCGAGACUCGCCGCUUCCUGGGCCAGGCGCGGGAAGGAGCCCGCCGCGCUCUUCAGCUCGACCGAGGCGACGUGCCGAGGUCGUCGGAGCUGAUCCUUCGACGACCGGCACUCGCCGAAUGAAGCAACUCGCGUCCACGAACGUUUACGACCGUCAAUUUUCUCAAAGGCAAUACCUAUCUACACGAAGCUACUCGAUUAGGUUAGACGAUAGGAUGUAGGUUCUCCCCGGCCCGCCACGACCCUCUCCACCUUCUUCGACAAUUUGUAAGUUUGCCAACGCCCGCAUCGACGCAUCGGGAUGUGCCGCCGUCGCGGAAAUUUUUAAGCACGAGCUACUCGUCGCAAUUAAGUUGCCCCUCCCCCCCUCCCCCUCCCUGCCGCUGCCCCCGAAAUCACACCAACGACACACGACGGUUCUCUUUUCCGUUCCUCUUUGACCAACGACCGGAUUUCACGCGGAGCGGGAUUUCACGCGGACGGACGGACGGACGGACGGACGGACGGACGGACGGUGAACCUUUGCAACUCGAGCCGAUCUCACAUCUUCCUCACUUCGUGUCUGGUCUAGAUUUCGUAGAUGUAUACGCAUGACCCGGGUCACGCAGGGUACUUACCUAUUCUCUCGCGAUAGUACGCGCGAACGAUACGCGCGCGGGCUGUCGUCGUCGUCGCGUCGAGAAACCUGCGCGUGCAAAAUCUCGCGAGAGUCGAGAGUCGUCGUCGCGCGCAAAAUUCUCGUCCCUUCCAUCCGCAGCGGGAAGAGAACAGAGAGGAGAGGGGAAAGGAGAAGGACAUUUUCCUCGGGAGCGAGUCUCGUCGCGCGGCGUCCGCCGACCGCGGCUUCCUCUCCUUUUCCGCGCGACGCGCGCCGCUUGAGUUAUUUUUCAUUUUCAGCCGACGCGCGAAUUCUCCCGUUUAGUUUGCCGAAAAUCGAUCGAUGUCAAGAGCAUUCAUUAAAUUUACAGCGCUCUUGUUUUUCGGUAUAUCGGCGGGCUUUAUUACCGGAUUUAUUGGAUACCGCCGGGCGCAUAUUGUUUGCCGCACGUUGUAUCGGUUUCCGGCAAAUAUUUUCCUUCGUGUAAGGGCGGCCGCGAACCGCGCGUGGAAAUUGAAAGGGAGAGCCGCAGACACGUAGGCGGCCGCUCCGCUCUCUCUCCCUCUCUCUCUCUCCCUCCCUCCCUCCCUCCCUCCCU